AUGAAAGUAUCAAAGGAGCUUCAGUUAGCAAUGUCUUGUAUGUAUGAAGGUUCUCUUGAUCUCCUACCCUCCCCUUAUAGUGAACUAGAUUCUGUUAGCAAGAAUGUUUCUGCUUCAAAUGUUCUGGAUAAUAAUGUCAAUCUGCUGCAUAAGAGUAAUAAACCGUAUCUGCCUCCGUGUCGCAACAAGGCACUAUCUUCUUCAAGUGGAGAUAGUAAUGGCUCACUAAAGAGUGACAUAUCUGGAUCUUCUGAGUGUACAUAUGUUUCUCCGACGAAAUUUCCAAGGAUUGGUGAGCUUUGGGAGUCUUGUGUGUAUCUUGAACCUCCAUUGAUCCAUGUUGUCCAAAUUCAACAGAAUUUAGAACUUAAGUCUUCCAAUACAAGCUUCGAAAAUUGUUCAAGUUCUAUCUUUGGUUUUAAUUUUCCCGAUGAGGACAGUUUGAUUACAUAUGACAAACCUUUCUGGACCCUUGAAGUGGAAAUUCCACCUAGUAUUGAUAGUUUCAUGUCUUCCCCUGAAAGCAAUCUGAUUGAAGAUGAUUUGGAUAGCCCUCCAGACUCAACUUUUGAAAUGAUCAAGAAUCUUGUAGAAUUUGUACUCGAUGGUGAUGAUGAUUACGAUAAUUAUUAUAGUUUUGAUAAGGAUAAUUCCUCUACGGAUGAUGUUAUGGUGGAGCUGGUCCAACAUGGAGCUAGAGUUGCUAAACUAAACCUUUCUUUUCAGCCGUUUCAUUCUAAUCAGUUGAAUCUAGGAAGGGGUCCAUUCUCUUUGUCUUCCCUUUCUUGCCCAUGCGGCAAAAUUUGUCACAAUGAUGAUGAGCUAAGAAGGUUGGGUCUUGGAGAAAACAAAUCUAAUGCACAACUUUUUACAAUUAUUAAAGAGUAUUUACAUGGGAUUUAG